CCCCCCCUCACUCUGCCUCUCUCUCAUCCGCUAGCUGAGGGACCGAAACAGCCUGCGAGAGAAACCGCGAGGAGGGGAGAGGAAACGGAGCGACGGAGAUGGCGAGCAUCAACAUGGGGCUGAGACCGCUGCUGCUGCCGGGGCUCGCGUGCGUCCUCCUGGUCGUCCUAACGCCUCAUGUCCAAUGUCUAAAUGGCGACGAGGACCAGAGCCAGGACACCGAGUGUAAGAUGAAGAGCGUAACCGUGUCGGCGUUGCCGUUUUUGAGGGAAAACGACCUAAACAUCAUGCACAGUCCGUCGGCCUCCGAGCCCAAGCUGCUGUUCUCCGUUCGAAACGAUUUUCCCGGAGACGUCGUGGUGGUGGACGACCUGGAAAACACCGAGCUCCCUUUUUUCGUCUUAGAGAUCUCUGGGAAUUCAGAGGACAUCCCUCUGGUGCGCUGGAAGCAGCAGUGGCUGGAGAAUGGCACUCUGCUCUUCCACAUCCACCACCAGGACGGCAGCAUGAACCCCCCGGAGCCGACCGAAGACCCGGCCAACGAUUCGGCGAAGGAGGAGCUCCGCAUCCUGCACAUCUCUGUCAUGGGCGGGAUGAUCGCCCUUCUGCUGUCCAUCCUGUGCUUGGUCCUGAUCCUCUACACCCGCAGGCGCUGGUGUAAACGCCGUCGCAUCCCUCAGCCCCAGAAGAGCGCCAGCGCUGAGGCGGCUAAUGAGAUCCACUACAUCCCCUCCGUGCUGAUGGGAGGCCAGGCCCGGGAGAGCUUGAGGAACUCUCGGGGUCAGGGGCCGAACUCCAGCGGUACCCUCAGCAUCCGGGAGACACCGAUUUUGGAUGGGUAUGAGUACGACAUCACAGACCUGCGUCACCAUCUGCAGCGGGAGUGUAUGAACGGUGGCGAGGAGUUUGCCAGCCAAGUCACCCGUACCCUGGACUCCCUCCAGGGCUGUAAUGACAAGAAUAAUAUGGACCUCACACCUGUGAGUGACAACACCAAGCUGGCCCUAAUGAACAAAUACAAGGACAACAUCAUCGCCACAAGUCCAAUCGACAGCAACCACCAGCAGAACACCCUGCUUCCACACAACACCUCCACCAGCCAACGUAAACGUCUCUCCAGCAACACCCGUGCGGGUUCAACUUUCUUGAACCCAGACGGGGACUCUGGAACGGAGGCAGACAGCGAGCCUCAGCUGGCCUUUUACACCGACCCAAACCGCAGUCGCCGCCGGAGUCGAGGUAUGAGAAAUGGUAACGCCAACAGCGCGUGGGGCUCAGGGGCAGCAGGUUCCCCCCGCAGCCCCAUCAAUAAGACCACCCUGACUCUGAUCAGUGUCAUCAGCUGCGUGAUCGGCCUGGUUUACUCCUCUCACCUGUCCUGCACCCUCGCCGUCCGGGUAAUCCUACAUGUGCCGGAGCACCUCAUCGCUGACGGAUCAAGGUAUAUUUUGCUGCAGGGGAGCCAGUUGGACGCCUCAGACUGGCUGAACCCAGCCCAGAUCUUGUUGUACUACCAGCAGAACGCCAGCGGGCCGUGGGUCAACGAGCUGUGUGGACGACGCCUCCUGGAUCCCUGUGAGCACCAGUGUGAUCCGGAAACAGGAGAAUGCCUUUGCCUCGACGGCUACAUGAAAGACCCGGUCCACAAGCACCUCUGCAUCCGCAGUGAGUGGGGGCCCAAUCAGGGUCCCUGGCCUUACACCAUAUUUCAGCGCGGUUUUGAUCUUGUGAUGGGAGAACAGCCCUCUGAUCGCAUUUUCAGAUUCACAUACACCUUAGGGGAAGGGAUGUGGCUGCCGCUGAGUAAAAGCUUUGUCAUCCCACCUGCCGAGCUCGCCAUCAACCCAUCAGCCAAGUGCAAGACGGACAUGACAGUUACGGAGGACGCGGUGGACAUUCGAGAGAAAUUGAUGAUCAGUUCAUCUUUUGACUCGUUGGAGGUUCUCCUGGACUCAUUUGGGCCCGUCAGAGACUGCACCAAAGACAACGGAGGCUGCAGCCGCAACUUCCGCUGCAUAUCUGACCGAAAGCUGGACUCCACCGGAUGUGUGUGCCCUCUGGGGUUGAGUCCUAUGAAGGAUGGGACUGGGUGCUACGACCACCACAUCGGCAUCGACUGUUCCGACGGUUUCAAUGGAGGAUGUGAGCAGCUGUGUCUCCAGCAGCUGGCGCCUCUAGAGGAUGACCCGACACUCUACAACAUCCAGAUGUUCUGUGGGUGCAUCGAGGACUACAAGCGCGGUCCAGAUGGGAGGUCAUGCCUGCCGCUGUCGGAGACCUGCACUGAGGGAAUAGACUGCGGGGAAGCAUUGGACAUCCCCGCUAACCAGACUGUGUUCGGAGACCUUUUCUAUGGAUACAACAACCACACCAAAGAGAGCACCACCGGACAGAUCCUCAAGGCCACAUUCAGGCAGAAGAACUUUGCCCGAGGCAUCGAGCAGCAGCUCCCAGAUGGCAUGGUGGUGGCAUCAGUGCCAAUGGAGGUCCAGUGCCACGAGGAGCUGUCCGACCCCGUUCCGGACCCAGAGUACCUCACAGGUAUGGUGAACUACAGCGAGGUGUCUGGCUACCCCCUUGUUCAGCACUGGAGUCUUCGUUCUGUGCAAUACCACGUCAAACUCAAUCAGUGGGUCCUCUCUCAAGCCUUUAGCUCGGCCAUUCAUUCUCUGGACGGGGCCACGCAGCGGAGCGACUUUGUCUCCAUCCUCAGGGAGUUUGGGAACCAUUAUGUGCAGGAGGCAGUGUACGGCUUCCAGGAGUCCUGUACCAUCUGGUACCCCAACAAACAGGUCCAGAGACAACUGUGGCUGGAGUACCAGGACAUCAGCAAAGGUAACUCGCCUUCGGAGGAGUCCGAGGAGCGUGACAAGGAGCCAAGGACCCUGACCUACCCUGCGUACAUUGCCAGUCUGCUGGACACUGGUGCCAAGCGCAUGGCUGCCGGUGUCCGUAUGGACUGCAACAGCCAAGGCCAGUGCCCGCGCUCCUGUCACCUCUGCCACAUGAGCCCGAGGGUGGUGCAAGGGCGGCAGCAGUCCGAGCCUGUCUUGCUGCAAAUCACCAAGGCCGCGCCCAUCUUUGAGCUGGUGUCCAACAAUGAGACCUACCAGGCUCUUCAUGAGGCGAUGAUGAGCAUGCUAUGGUGUUCAGGGAAAGGAGAUGUUAUCGAUGACUGGUGUCGGUGUGAUUCCAGCGCUUUUGGCACAGACGGACUGCCCACCUGCGCCCCACUUCCCCAACCUAUGCUGAAACUGUCUUACACCUACGAGCCCAGCAGCUCAUUGGUCAUCAUGGAGUGGAACCACACCGACCCACCAAUCGGCGUGCGGAUUGUUGAUUACCUUAUUAGCCAGGAGAAGGUGACAGAGAGGACCGACCACUCCAAAGUUGAGACAGAAACACUUUUGAGCUUUGUGGAUGACAUCCUGUCUGGGGCCAGGUCGCCAUGUGUGAUGUUAGGGGACAUCCCAAACCUCCUGUCCUCCUCCAUCAGCAUGAUCAUUCGCUGCCUGGAGCCUGACACCACAUACAUGUUCCGGCUGUGGGCAGUAGACAACACAGGGCGCCGUUCUAGUCCAAGUGAAGUCACUAUUAAAACUCCGUGUCCAACUGUGGAUGAUGUCAAAGCACAAGAAAUAGCGGAUAAGAUCUAUAAUCUUUUCAACGGUUACACCAGUGGGAAGGAGCAGCAGACAGCCUACAACACUCUAAUGGAUCUGGGUGCUCCGACGCUUCGCCGCGUGCUCUACCACUACAACCAGCGCUACGAGAGCUUCGGGGAAUUCACCUGGAGGUGUGAGGAUGAGCUGGGACCCAGGAAGGCCAGCCUCAUCCUGUCCCAGCUAGAUGAACUCUCCCCGUGGUGUAAGGGUCUUCUUCAGGAGCCGAAGAUUGGCCUCCGCAGGAUGUCCCUCAAGUUCCUGUCCUGCCGUUACACUGACACCAAGGCCUUUGGCCUGAACUGGUCGGACAUGGGCCAGGACGUACACAAGGCCUGUGAUGACCAGACGCUCACAGUCAUGUAUAAUGACUACGGCGAGCCCAAGGAGCUGUGAAAUGAUUAAAGGGAUGGGUGUGUACAGGAAUAUGAGAGAUUUGUCAAACCCAACAAAGAAACGCAUAAAAUGCUGGUUUUACAUUUGUUUCACUAAGCUAUUUGCAUUCAUGGUGUCAUAAGCAACUGCCAAACAUUAUUUAAAAUGCCUUAUACUCUAUUUAGCAUUACCAUAUUAUUGGUAAAUGUAUUCAAAUGUCUAAUUAGAGGAGUUGAUCUCUGAAGUCUAGAUACAUUAAGAUAAUCUAGAUAGAUAAUCAUCUAAUAACCAAUACCUUUUUGAAAAAUAUCUCUUAGCUGUGCUUUGUUAGAGCUAUACUGAAGUCCAUUCCUCCCUUGUAAUGAAAAGUAAAAAUUAAGGCAAACUUGACACAUUCUGCAGAUGCUUCACAACAAACGCCUUCCUCGUUUGAUUGCCUUCAACUAUUCUCAUUUGUUCUUCGUUGUGGUAUGAUUCUUAAUGAUGACAUAUUAACAUCUUAUGGACUAAAGCAUGGGAAGCAAUUAAAGCUGAAGUAAAGCUUUACUUUACUAAUCACGUGGUUGGGCGUUCGAUCCACAGCUCAUCCUGACCUCAUGUUGAAGUUUUCUUGGGGAAGACACUGAACCCCAAACUGCUCCUGAUGGUUGGCCAGCACCUUACAUGGAAGCUCGCUGCCAUCGGCGUGUGAGUGAAUGAGAAGCAAAUUAUAAAGCUCUCUAGCUCAAGAUAAAAGCCCAAUAUAAAUACAACUAUUCAGCUGUGUAGCAGCUGCAGGCACUCGAUAAACAUGUUUACUUCGACACCAAGGCUUACUUUUUGCUAAAUUAAAGAUUUUUGAAUUUGAAUGUUUUUAAUUAAGUGUGAAAUAUUGCAAGGCAGGAAUGGACUGACACGGAAGGCAUGGCCAACUAAAAUAGAUCCUUUUGCAGCAGGCCUCGCCCAGGUUCUUUAAUUCUUCCUAUUUUUAUGAUUUAAAUGCACAUUGGCAUGAAAGAUCCCAUCUCGCAAUAAAACGUAAUGCAACUGGGAAAAAAGACAAACCUGUAGUAUUCAAUGCACUUAUAUUUUAGAACAACAAAUAACUUAGAGGGACAAAACAUAAGGCCAUGCAUUUUAUUUCACUGUAUUUCUUUGUUGGACUCAACAAUCUUCUCUUUAAAUGUUGAUUUGUGAAAUUAACUUGUUGUUUUACCCCAUUGUUGCAAACAUCUGGCAUCUUAAUAGUCUAAUCUAUAUGGGAAAGUGCUAUUUCAUUUGGCUUCUUUAUAUUCAUUCAGAUAUUUAAAAGGUCUGAUCUUGGAUAUAAAGGGUUACACAUGAGCUCAUGUGUGCCUGUUUAGAUCUAAAUUUAGGCACAUCUUUAGAAAUUUUGGUGAAAAAUUACAAAAGGCAACUCUUGAUGUGGCCAAAAACGGAGAGUGAUUGUGACCUUUUAGGUUGCCUAUAUCCAUCCUACAGCCAGGAUCAGCCCUGUCUCCUAAAUCUUCUGUACCUAUACAACUAAACGGCAUUCUCAAUUAUGUUUCAAGAUAAACUUAUUUGUCCCAGAUUAAGUUUGUUUUUGACAUUUUACAAAUGCGUCGAAAUAAGGAGGAGAUCUGGGUGGAUUGAUAGUCAAACAAACGCAGGACUUUCACACAGGAGACGCUGUCCCAUGUGAAACCAGUAGGGAACAUCGACUUAUUUUAACUUAUGUACGUAAUGGAACAAACAUACUUAUUUUCACUUAAAUCCUAAUUUUACCUUAGGGUUACCAGAUGAGAAAUUCGGGACGAGACAGACUGCUCCAAAAUGAUUUAUUAUUAUUAUUCAGGAAUUCAACUCUCAUGUAAACCCAAAAAUACAUAUAAAAAGUCAUUAAAGUCAUGAACUCAAGUGUCAUUAUGAAACAAAUAAAACAAACACAACUAAUGUGUUUUAACAUCAGCAACAUCCAUACCAAUCCCUCCCUUCUUGUGGCUCCCUGCACUUAACAUGAAUGUCAAAACUCCUACCGCUUAAAGGAGGAUGAGACCAAAGUGUUGGUCUGUACAGCUGUGCUGGAAGUUAAAUGUAGUUUGCUGCUAGCAUGCAGCCUAAAGUCUAACUCAUCGGGUCCCGGGACACCACCCUGAGCCUCCAUUUUAACAAUGAAUGAAUAAAAAAUAGCAAUGCAUGUUAUCAAUGCAGCCAAUGAGCAGCCGAUGGGAGCUGGAGUCUCAAGCGUCUGUGCUUGAGACUUUUCUCUAAUUUUCGGGACAAUUAUGGCAGGAUUUGGGACAACUGCAUGGAUUUCGGGACUGUGCAAAAUUUUUCGGGAUGUCUGGUCACCCUAUCUCAUCCAGUACCUAACCAAGUUUUAGUUUUUAGUUAGGUAGUUUUUUUUUGUUUUUUUUUAAAUAUUAACCAUGUGUUUAAAACUGCAACUGUUUUACAACAUGCGUCUGUUGUUGGUACGAGGAUGUGUUUUCUAAGAGAAAAUACCUUUUUCUCGGAACGUAAAUGAGAAUGCAGAUUACUUAUAUAGGAAAAAAUUAGUUUGUUGACCUCACUAGAUGGCACUCUUGGUUUGUAGAAAAAGUUCAAGGGAUGGCAAUUCACUGUGCUUUAAACCCUUUGUUGAACAGAGAGCGUUAUCUAGUGGGCUCAGAAAAUGGUUCAAAAAGCAUAAUUUGGCUAUCACUAAUGGGAACAUAAUUCUUUAAAAGACAAGUUUGCUAGGAUACAGCGUACUGCUUCUUAGUCCCGACCUAAAGUCAACAUUUUCUUCUUGUAAAGUUUUCAUAAUGGAUCCAGGAGUUUUUGGGUCUUUUAAGGAUUUAAAAGUCAUUGUAACUUCAGUUUCACUGGAACAUUCCAACCAUUGGUAUAUAUUUUACAGCUUCUGAUUCUUGCCGUACUCAUUUAUUACGAAUAACUGCAACAAACCCAGUAGGUGAACACUUCCUGGUAGUGAUGGCCAAAUAAAGCCCCAUGAAGCUUUGUGAACCGUUUUCUUUAUUUUCUGAGCCCACUAGAUGGUGGUCUUGGUUUAAAUAAAAAGGCUAAAGGAAAUGCAAUUCAGUGUGCUUUCAGCACUGCUGAACAGAGAACCAUCUACAGGGCUCAGGAAGACAAAGAAAAUGGUUCUCAAAGCUUCAUGAGGAGGCUUCAUUGUGCCAUCACUACUUCAUUGGCUAUAACAGCUGUGAUUUGUUCGUGGCUGCUGCAUUGUGUAGUGUAGCUUAUACAGUUUUAAUUUCUCUUUUUAAAUAUGUUAAAUUAAGUUAGCCUUUGAACUAGAACAUACAAACCUGGUUUUGUCAUUCAAACAUGUUGAAAAGUUAAUACAGUGCAAAGUUAUCCAUGUUUCUAUGAAAAAGGCGAGGUAGCAUGUAAACAGAUUUUAUUAGAAAGGCAAAAGAACAAUAAGAGAGGAUGGUCUGCUGAGUUAUUUUAGUAGUAUAGACAAAAAAAAAACUUGUAUAUAGCAUUAUCAUAAAGGUUUUAGUGAUAUAAACUGCUGAAUGUAGUAAUAAUAGCUUUUAUAAGUGAAGCUGUUAUAAAGGAGUUUUACUAAAUAAACAGGCAUCACAGAGUAGGUACACAGAUAUGCUCAUUUUCUUUACACAAUUAAUGAAACCUGCCAAACUAAUUAUUUUAUCAUUUUCACAACAUUCUGAGUCCAUCCAAUGGACCACUGUUAAAAGUGAUAAUCCUGUAUUGAAACUGCAAAUUAACAGUGUCUUAAUGUUUUCAUCUACUUCUCUGUAUGAUUAAACUUCAUGCAACAAUGUCUUUAGAAAGCUUUAUGCGACAUUUCCACUAAUACUAUGUGUUUAUUGUGAGCAUAUUUAAACUUUUAUAUUACCUCUAUUUGUUCCGUUAUUUUAUUCAUUGUGCAGUGGCCAUGUUGGAGAUUGAUGUCAAAGAAAUUUUUAACAACUAUCAUAUGUGAAUACUAAAAUGAACACUUGUAGAUUUUUGUAUAAGCAGCAAAGUAUUUCAUAAAUGCAUCACAUUAUAUCACAUAUUGUUUUUCUUCUGUAUAUAAUUAUACAACAGGUGGCAUUUUACAUAACAUUGCAGUGUGCUUUAGUAGAUACAAUAUUGUAUUGUAAUUUCUCCUGUGUAGCUUAGUACAGCAAUUGGAUUAAUCUGCUCUAUUGCAGCUGUGAUGUAGAGAGCAGAGGGCUCUGCUUUCUAUGAUUUAAACAUGAGAUCCAUUAUCUGAAACUGGAUUGUGAUUGGUUAAUUCAAAGAUUACUGUAUGCUUUUUUUUUUAAAUGGUAAAAUGACAAACUAAGUGUAAUUGGAAAUAAAGUGAAUAAGGCAACAUGACUUUUGAGAUAUAUGUAAACCAACCAUCUACUAUCUGCAUGAUAUUAUUGUCUAAACGGUCUGUGGCUAUUACAAACUUUUUUCACUUUGAUCUUUGCUACUUCAAAAAACAAUAAAGAAUAUAUUAUGA